GUAAUUAAAAAAGUAUUUUUAAGAAUGAUUUUGAAAGAACAAUUUGUGUAUGGAAGUUAGCGCCUAGCAUAGCAUUGAGCAGCGGAGAAAGGGAAGAAAAUGGAGUGAUUUAGUUAUGAAAAUGGAUUCAGCGAGUGUUAGGGAAUUCAUAGCAAAGGAAUUUGGUGAUUGGGACGACGAUGUGAUUUACGUUGCUCGAUUCAAAGCCUUUUCCGGUCAAAGAUGCGAUUGGGAACCGACUUUCCUCUUCUGGAAACACUUGAUCAUCAAAAUCGCCACCCAUUUUCGCAUCCUCCUCAUUACACCCUCCCAGGUCAAGAAUGAAUGGUUCAAUCGAGGAGGGUUAACCCCUUUGUGUCUUGACGAUGUACUGUCUCUAAUGUAUGAUGAAGGUGACAUCACCAGAACUUUGGAUCUUGCUGAUCCAACGCGUGGACGAUUCUCCCAACUAGUACGGACACUCACUAACUUGAUAACAAGGCCACCAACUCCAGAUAUUAUGGCUGAGCAAUGCGUUAUCGUAAUCACCAUGCUUAAGGAUAAGGCUGCUGAAGUUGUCAAACAUCUAUCUGAAAGUCACUGGAAUUCAUCUUGUGUUGUCACAAUGAAGAAGUUUCAGGAUAUAUGUGGAGGGCCGGAUGAAGCAUCUGUAAUAUUGAGGUAUCUGUCUGGGUCUAGAACAGCACAGUAUCUGUCAGUGAAUGAGAAAGAAUUUGUACAGGGGGUAAAGGUUUCUCUCUCUGUAGGAGCAUUAUGUAGUAUCUCUAAUUUAGAUUAUGAUGUACUGCACUUGAUUUGGACAACUGAGAAGCUUCAGCAACAACUCGAUGUGACUGACAGGCGUUAUGAAUUGUUGAGAAAAUCAGCAUUGGCUUCUCUACAUUCUGGGAACAAAAAAUUGGCCCGUAACUAUGCAAGGGAGAUGUUAUUAGCCACCAAGAGUAGAGAAAAAUGUUCAUCACUUUUGAGCAGAGUAGAGGAAGUACUUGGCAUUAUUGCCGACGCUGAGUCAACAAAAAAGGUUGCUGAAGCUAUGCAGAUUGGAGCUCGGGCUAUUAAAGAAAAUAAGAUCAGCGUGGAAGAUGUUUAUCUUUGUUUAAGAGAUAUUCAAGAGAGCAUCGAUUCACACAAGGAAGUUGAAAACACACUAGAACAAACACCAUCAUACGUGGAUAUCGACGAUGAAGAUAUUGAAGAGGAAUUUGAGAAGUUGGAGCUGGGUGUUGAGAAAGAGGCACAAGUUCCUGCAGCGGAGAAGACGACUAGUGCAGAAUUUAUUAGUGAUGCUUUCUCAAAUCUCAAGCUUUCAGACCGUCCAGCUGUGGAGCCAGGAGUCACUCAGGUGGUGUCAGAGGGAGGCAAAUUAACAAAAAAAUUAGAAAUGGAAGCUGUGUAAGUUUGAAAAUGAAAAUUAUGGUUGUGGUGCUUAAUUUCUGGCAAUGGAGUUACUCAUGGUUCGACUGUUAGUUAUAACAUUCUCCAUUUCAGAUGUACAGUUAAUGUUGGCGGAUAAAUCUCCAAUCAUAUGUAUUUUCAAGGACUAGAAUAUUAGUAAUUAAGAUAGAUUCGUAAUUUGUCCUUAUGCAUGUCAUUUAAAAAAAAAAAAAAACAAUUUUAUGCUUUAAUGUUUUA